AUGGCAAACAAGCUGUCCAACUUUGGAAAAAUCCUGCUGCGUCGCCGGGCAUUAGACUGCUCUGGUGAAGAGACCCGAUUCGCCCGCUGCCUGUCCACCCUGGACCUCAUUGCUUUGGGGGUGGGCUCCACACUCGGCGCCGGUGUCUACAUCCUCGCUGGCGAGGUUGCCCGUGAAAAGGCAGGACCUGCUAUUGUCCUCUGCUUCCUCAUCGCUGCUCUGUCCUCUAUGUUGGCCGGCCUGUGCUACGCUGAAUUUGGCGCCCGUGUUCCCAAAACAGGUUCCGCAUACCUGUACAGCUAUGUGACCGUUGGCGAAAUCAUGGCCUUUAUCACAGGCUGGAACCUAAUCCUCUCCUAUGUAAUAGGUACGGCCAGUGUGGCCAGGGCAUGGAGCUCAACAUUCGACAGUUUAGUUGAGCAAAAGAUCUCUGACUUCUUUAAAGCCUCCAUGACAAUGGAGGUGCCAGGGCAGGUGCUGGCAAAGUACCCCGACCUGUUCGCCCUCAUCCUGGUCCUGCUGCUCACUGGACUUCUGGCCUUUGGCGUGAACGAAUCAGCACUGGUGAAUAAGAUCUUCACCGGCAUCAAUCUGGUGGUUCUGGGCUUUGUUAUCAUCUCUGGCUUUGUUAAGGGAGACACAGCCAACUGGAACCUGACUAAAGAAGACUAUGAAAGCUUCAUAAACGGCAUCAACAGCACCAACGGCACCAACAGCAGCAGGCUUACUAAGGUCGAGGAGGAAUUUGGCGUGGGUGGCUUUGCUCCAUUUGGCCUGACUGGAAUCCUGUCUGGUGCUGCCACCUGCUUCUACGCCUUUGUGGGCUUUGACUGCAUCGCCACAACAAGCGAAGAAGCAAAGAACCCAAUGCGUUCCAUACCCGUUGGCAUUGUUGCCUCGCUGCUGAUCUGUUUUUUUGCCUAUUUUGGUGUUUCUGCCGCUCUAACCCUCAUGAUGCCAUACUAUCAGCUAAACUCCCAGAGUCCUUUGCCUGAGGCCUUCAGCUAUGUUGGCUGGGCUCCUGCCAGAUACAUUGUGGCUGUGGGCUCUCUCUGCGCUCUGUCCACCAGUCUCCUAGGCUCUAUGUUCCCCAUGCCCCGUGUUAUCUACGCCAUGGCGGAGGAUGGACUGCUGUUCCGUAUUCUGUCUAGGAUCGACGCUCGCACAAAGACUCCUCUCCUGGCUACCAUCGCUUCUGGCGUUGUUGCAGCUCUGAUGGCAUUCCUUUUUGACCUGGCAGCUCUGGUUGACCUCAUGUCCAUUGGAACUCUGUUGGCCUACUCUUUAGUGGCCAUCUGUGUCCUCAUCCUCAGGUACCAGCCAGGCAGCUUGACUUCCUCGAGCCAGAUGGAGAAGCUGGUGGAGCUGGUGGAAGGGGAGAAGGUCGCCGUAAGGGGAGGGGACAGCGGUGACGAGUACGGCAUGGAGACGGAAGAGAGACCACUCCGAGAGGCCUUCUCCGCCAAGCUGCUCUUCUGCCCAAGUGGAAAGAACCCGACGCAGACCUCCGGGAAUAUUGUCUAUGCCACCACUGCUAUUAUUUCGGUUUUUAUCACUGUUCUGUGCAUCAUCCUGGCCAACUGUCUCACAAUGCUGCAGGCCGGGCAUCCAGCAGUUGUGGUGCCCUGUGUCAUCUUGACUCUGCUCUGUAUCGUCUGUCUCAUCAUCAUCUGCAGGCAGCCUGAAAGCAAAGAGGCUCUCAACUUCAAGGUCCCUCUGCUUCCCUGGUUGCCCCUUUUCAGUGUUUUUGUUAACCUCUACCUCAUGAUGCAGCUGGACCGGGGUACAUGGUGCCGAUUUGCCGUCUGGAUGCUUAUCGGUUUCGCCAUCUACUUCCUCUAUGGUAUUAGGAACAGCAGUGAAGCUGCCAAAAGGUCCUCCCCACGCAAAUACGAGCCUGCGCUGCAGACCAAAAGCCCGAUUUACAAGGGCGCUCCUAACGACAGUGACGUGGAAGUAGGCAGCAGCCCCUGAUGCACAUUGACGUAGACCUGGGGAGUGUUGCCAGAGCAUCUACACUCAUUUUGGCAGUCUGGUUGAACUGGCAGCAAAAUGCUGCAAUGGAGGCGGCUUGGAACGCAGCCCUGGGUUUAAAGGGAGGAGAGGCAAGAAAGCGCCACCCAAACAUCUUACCUCUGACUUGGAGGCUGAUUAACUUGAUGGCUAGACACUGACAAAGCCACUUUCUGGCCAUGGGUUCUGUUUUUAUCAGUCUGUUUGUACUUAGCCUUAGCCUUCUGGUAAGAUAUUUACCUGCCUAUAACACAUGCUUUGAAUGGACGUAACUAACAAAGCCUUCAGUAGAGUUAACAUGUCUAGUGGUUGGUUCUUGUUUAUUUCACCAUCCUGUUUGUUUCAGUGUAAACAGGGUAUCACUAGCACAUGGAUGACGUUCAUGCCUUCUAUACUGUACGAUUCAGUGUCUGAGGCUGACAUGCUUUAUAGAUCAUCCUAGUGCCCCCCCGCUCCCAGAGAACAGCCAUGAAGUUAGUGUUACCCUUUUUAAAAUGGUUUGAAAUUAGUUGCGUAUCGUAAAUUAUCCAUGUGCGUUUAUCCAUGUUUUGCAUAUUGUGACUGUAGUGCAAUGGUAUUGACAGCCAUUUUGUGGCCUUUGUUUCAACCUAAACCUGACAACUAAAAUGUUUUUAAAAGGCUUUUAAUACCAAUAAGGUUGACAAACUGCUUUUGAGACCCUUAGGUGCAAGUAUGUAAAUUAAAUCUGGAAUUCGCUAAUUAAUUAGUUUACAUGAUUUCAGGCCUCUCUGGUCCAUCUGUGCAUAUCUGUACCCAGAUAUUUUUGCACAUCUGAGAAGGUUGAUAAGAUUUGCACUUUACAAGCUCCUUAAUAGCAAUAGAAGUUUAAUUGAUUUAAUCUUUCACCUUUGACUGAUCUGGGAGCUGGGGAUGUGUUUCUGAACACAGGGUCUGACUUUCAUUACCACAAAAAUAUUAUAUUCCCCAUUUUUGUUUAUACUUCCUUGUGAAAAGACUCACAAAUGUUCUUGUUUGGUUUCAAUUGAAACUUGUUCUUGGCAGCUUUGUCUGCUAAGUUACCAUCGCGUUUACUUUAUUCAACUGUAAUUAGUUUUUACUACUUUUAUUUACUUCUACUAAUAGAACUGUUAAUAUGGAAUGUUUUAUAGAAUUGUUUGGGAUUGCUUUCUUUUUGGCUUCCACCAUUGGUCAGAGUGGGUGAUGGAAUUGAUUGUUGGCGUUUCCCAAAUGGCUAUUGCCUUUUCAAAACGUAUUAACAUAACAAACGCUUAUCUUCCAAAUUGCCCAUCAAUCAGCUGAUUAAUUUCCUCAAUCCAUGGUUGUUGCUGCCACUGCUUCAUGUUUCAAUGCAUAGGCUCAGGAGCACAGAGUAUAGGCUACAUGCAGAGGAACGGCACACAGUGUGUAGGCUUAUGUAGUUUAGAAAAAGCAGUCACAAACAGCAGUUACAUGAGGCUAUUUCUAAAUAUACUUGGGGGCGGGGGGGAGGCUCAGAGGUAGCAGACAACGCUUUAGU